CCCACUGGACCCCAAGAAAAAAUGUCGCCCCCCAGAUCUUCUUAGUUCACUUGAUACUCUUGAAGAAUCCUAGAAUCCGCUUUGAAAAAGUGGCGCUUUUUUGACCGCCGGAACAACCCGCUUUAUGUUGCUGUUAGGUCCUGAGCGAAUGGCGCGAAAGUGGUUCGUAUUGCCCCAGGGUUGGCAGGCUGAUUUGCAUGAACACUGGGCCAGGGAGAGUGAAAACGGGAGAAUGGGGAGUAAUGGAGACCAGCGGAGAGUGACGCUGGUCACGCGUUUCGGCAUUUAGCACUUUCAUUGCUGCAUGCGGUUUACAUUUUUUUUAAAUCAAAGUACCUAGCACAGAACUCCGCCCUUUAUUAGCAGAUUCUCUGUCUUUGAGUGUAGCACCUCUUAUCUGGUAACCACACCAUUAUCGGGAGCAAUAAAAUGAGUUAAAUCCUGGUCUCUCUUUCCAGAAAGCAAGAAAAGCCGAGUUGUUGUUUUACAUAAGACUUGUGGUUUUUAAAUUAGAAAAAGCCGCUAAGGGUUAGUGAAGAUUUACCUAUCGGAUAAAUUAACGUUUAAUUUGUGGCAGAUGCGAAAAACUGUAUUAGUGUGGUUUGGCGGUCUUCUUUCCCGUCAGAAUUUAGGAUUAAACUGAAUCAGAAUGAACGUGAGAUUUUUUAUCGCUCUUUUAAUCAAACCUUGACGGAAUAAUGAAAUAAAAUGUGAAGUUUGUUUUGUUUUCUUUUAACUAAAGACAAAAAGAAGUUGCUUUAAAAAAGAAACUGGAUUGCUUGAAAAGACCCUAAUUAUAAUCUUCCAGUUUUAAAAAAUGCUUGAAAUCGACGUUUGCAUUUCCCCCCAUUACUUCAAAACUUUCUCUCGGGAGUAAGUUCUUUGUAUAAGGGAGCAUGCGUCAAGCCGUACUGCGUUCUUUUCUAGAUGUGUUGACUACAAAAACAAAACUUGUGGGGAAGUAAAUGCACGAAGACAAUGUAUUUGAAAGAUUGGAAGGGACUUGGAAGGAGUCUUCUGGUCUUUCUAAAACACACUGCCCAUUUCCGCUGUGCAAGGGACAAAGAACUCACGGUCUGGAAGGUAAGCACCAGGACAGGCUGUUGGUCUGGAUAUGCCCAGCGCCUGGGUAAGUUCCUGGCUCAGGGUGGGAGGAGGAGCCUCAGUAAAUAUUUGUUGGAUGAAUGAAUGAACAACCAAAUGAUUGUUGAAUGAACUAAAAUUGUCUUUAUUGCUGUGUCCUUGGGAGUACAAUUUUGUGCUACCAAAUGAUAUGAUAGUUUGGAAUUGCAAAACGUAUGAAGUAGGGGAAGAUUAAGUCACUUUGCCAACAAAAGGUUUUGAUGAGGAAAUUCUUAGUCCUCCUGCCAUACUAGAGUACUAUUUGGUUUACAUAUUUUUAAAAAAUAAGAUCUCUGGCCUAUCAGUUUUUUCAUUAAUCAAGAAAUUGCAAAUUAAAACAAGGAGCUACAAUUUCACUCAGACUGAAAAAAAUGUUAAAUGCUGGUAAGAUCAUGUGCUGAUAAGGAUAUGAAGAAACUCCUGUAGUGAUGUUAGUAGUGUAUAUUUUUAAAUUUGAAGAACUAUUCAAAAAUAUUUAGUAAAACCUAGCAAAACCACUUUGAGAUAUAUACCCUACAGCAAAGCUUUUCGUGCUGAGAAAUCAAUUUCUUCUUUCUUUUUUAAAGAAAUCGAAUUUUUAAAAAGAUACUGAGAGUACUAGUGUACUGUGUGUUUGUGUGCUUCCUUCUGUGUGUCUGUGCUGUAUAAAAUGUAUUUCAUACUGUGCUUUGCUAUUAACAAAGUUUGCGAGGUAGUGUCCUGGAGAAUUGUGCGUAAUGAAUCCUGUACUGAGGCACUCUCAUUUUCUCAAGGAUUGCUGAAUUGCUACUAGUCCAAGCACUAUUCUGAGUAUGGCCUACACAAAGUCCAUGGGGUUUAUAUUCUAGUGGAGAAGCAGAAGUAAACAAACAAGAUAAUUUAAGGUUCGAUAAUGUCUAAAAAGAAAAGCAAAAGCAGGGUACCACACCCAUCGCUGUCUAGUCGAUUCUAAUUCAUAGCGACCCUAUAGGACAGGGUACAAACUGCCCCAUAGGGUUUCCAAGGCUGUAAAUCUUUAUGGAAACAGCCCUGCUGUCAGGGGUCCUGAAAGCCUGGUAAAGGGAUAGGAAAUGAAACAGGUACUAAUUUAGAUAAGAGAAACAGGAAAGUCUUCUCUGGGGAGGUGAUAUCUGAAGAAAGUAAGAGAGGAAGUCACUGGAAGAUGAGGAAAGGGCUGGUUUCAGGCAGAGUGAACAGCUGGUUCAAAGGCUCUGAGGCAGUGAAUGGCAGCAAGCCCACAGUGACUGACCUACAGAGAGCUAGGAAGAGAUAGACGGGCCAGGUCACGUGGGCCUCCCUGGCCAUGGGAAAAGCUUUGAAUUUUAUUCCAGGUGUGAUGGGAAGCCACCAAAGGGUUUUGAGGAAAGGAAAGACACAAUCUGACUCUAGGGGCUGCAUGGACAGUAAACUAAAGGGGAACAAGAGUGGAAGCUGGAGACACUGGAAUCUCCUACAGUAGUCUGGGAGGAGAUAAUAAUUGCUUUGGGCUGAGGUAGUUGUGGCAUGGGAGGAAGUGAUCAGAUUUAAGAUAUAUUAUUUUGGAAGGAGUCCCUGUGUGGCACAAAUGGUUAAGCACUCAACUACUAGCUGAAAGUUUCGUUAUUCUAACCCACCCAGAGGCACCACGGAAGACAGGCCUGGCCUCCCCAAGGUCACACAAACCCUGUGGAGAACUUCUACCCUGCAUACAUGGGGCUGCUGUGAGUCAGAAUCCACUGGAUGGAAACUAACAACGGUUCUGAGGAUAGAGCAAAUUGAACCUAAGGGGUGAAUGGUUUGUUAUAGUAUUGUGUAUUAUAGUAAAAGCUUGGAAAUAGCCUAAAUGUCCUUUAGAAGGGAAUAGAUAAAAGAAUGGUGGUAUAUUGGCACAAGUGGUUUGCUAUCCACCGCUAACCUAAAGGUUAGUGGUUCAACCCAGCCAACAGCUCUGAGGAGGAAAAGCCUGGUACUAUAAUCUUUAUUUCGGUAAAGAUUACGGCCAAGUAAACUCUAUGGAGCAGUUCUCUAACACAUGGGGUCACCGUGAGUCGGAAUCAACUCCACGGCAACAGGUUUUGCAUUCAUACAAUGGAAUUCACUGUAGUUCAGAUGAAUGGCGUAGCUUACUUGCAUCAAUGUGGUUAAAUCUUAACAAUGUUGAAUGGAAAACAAACUGCAAAAGUAUCUGUAAGGUACAAAUUUAAAAAACAUAAAAAUUGGGAAAGUAAAACUGUUCACAGCCACUGCCUCACCACCAGAGCUCUCCAACGCGCCAGCGCCGCCUCUAGCUAGCAGAGCUCCAGAAAAAGAAGGGGGAUAAGUGUAUUGUCUCUGUACCAUGCCUCCUACAAGGCUGACUGCCUUUAAAUCAACCGGUGGAAAAGCACUCAGGAAGCAACUGGCUACAAAAGCCACUCACAAGAGUGCGCCCUCUACUGGAGGGGUGAAGAAACCUCAUCGUUACAAGCCUGGUACUGUGGCACUCCCGGAAAUCCGACGUUAUCAUAAGUCCACUGAACUUCUGAUUCUCAAACUUCCCUCCCGACGCCUGGUCCAAGAAAUUGCUCAGGACAUCACAACAGAUCUGCGUUUCCAGAGCGCAGCUAUUGGUGCUUUGCAGAAGGCAAGUGAGACCUACCAGGUUGGCCUUUUUGAGGACAACAGCUUGUGUGCUCUCCACGCCAAACGUGUAACAAUUAUGCCAAAAGACAUCCCUCUAGCACGCCACGUACGUGGAGAACAUGCUUAAGAAUCCACUAUAAUGGGAAACGUUCUUUUUUAAAAAAAUUAUCUUCUUCCUGUUAUUGGUAGUUUUGUACAUUAGAUUUUUUUUUUCCACGGGGUCAAAAGGUACCUAAAAGUAUACGAUUGCAAAUGGAAAAAUAGGGGACAGAAAGAGAGUAUCGGCAGCUUUUCUAUUUCCAUUUGUGUGUGAAUUUUUAAUAUAAAUGUGGGGAAUUAAAGCAUUAAUGCAACUCAAAAUGUUUCAUUGAACAAGUUUCAGCAGUUCAACUUUAUAACAGUUAUAAAUAAACCUGUUAAAUUUUUCUGGACAAUGCCAGCAUAGGUAU